ACUGAACAAUGGAGCUGCAACUACCUCCUCCACACGCACUCUCUCUCUCUCUCUCUCUCUCUCUCAUGGGAGGAAGGAAGUAUCUUUCAUAUUUCUCAAUUCCAUCUAUUAUUAUUAACACUCCAUUUACUCUCUAACCAUCUUGACAAAUGACCACUUAAUUAGCUCCACUUGUUUGUAACCCCUUUUUUUGUUUUGUUUUUGGUUUUGGUUUUGGUUUUGGUUUUGAUUUGGUCGAUGUGGGGAUAGGAAGCUCCACUUGCAACCUUAGUUGACAAAAAAUAGUUGUUGGGUUUGGGGUUUUAUGGUGUAUAUAUUUAUUUAUUUGCAGCAGGGACAACUUCAUAAUUGAGGGAUAUGGGUAGCACUAGCACAGAGAUCAAGUCACUGGAAGUGUUGCAGCAGCAGCAGGAGGAUCCACCUCCUCCUCCACCUCCUGCUGCUACUAGUUUAGAGGGGAAUUCAAAUGCAAAUUCAAAUUCAAAUUCUGAAUCUGAUCAAUCAUAUAUGAUGAGAAAGAAGCUUGGAAUCUACUUCAUUGAGUCUGACCACAGACCACACACUACUUCAGCCGCCGCUUAUUCUGCAGGGGGAACUACACCCGUUAAUAUCCGCGGCAAACCUAUUCCCGACCUAUCCAAAACUGGCGGUUGGAUUGCCGCCUUCUUCAUUUUCGGGAAUGAAAUGGCCGAGAGAAUGGCUUAUUUUGGGCUUGCAGUUAACAUGGUGACAUUUAUGUUCUAUGUUAUGCAUAGACCUUUCUCAAGUUCAGCAAAUACAGUCAACAAUUUCUUGGGAAUAUCACAGGCCUCCUCUGUGCUUGGUGGCUUUUUAGCCGAUGCAUAUCUUGGUCGAUAUUGGACUAUUGCAAUUUUUUCCACUUUAUAUCUCGCAGGUUUGAUAGGAAUUACCUUAUGUGCCACCAAGACCAUUUUUGUGCCAAACCAAGCUGAGUGUAGUCGGAUUGCCCUUCUUUUGGGAAAUUGCGAACCCGCAAAACCAUGGCAGAUGCUUUAUCUCAACUCGGUUCUUUACAUGACUGGAUUCGGAGCUGCAGGUAUAAGGCCUUGUGUUUCUUCUUUUGGGGCCGAUCAAUUUGAUGAAACAAGCAGAGAUUACAAGUCUCACCUGGAUAGAUUUUUCAACUUGUUCUAUUUGUCUGUCACUGUUGGGGCAAUAGCGGCCUUCACUGCAGUGGUCUACAUACAGAGGGAACAUGGUUGGGGAUCUGCUUUUGGUUUCUUGGCCAUAGCUAUGGGGAUCUCAAACAUGGUCUUCUUCCUUGGCACUCCCUUGUAUAGGCACAGAUUGCCCGGAGGCAGUCCUCUGACCCGUGUUGCGCAAGUCCUGGUUGCUGCCUUUCGCAAGAGAAAUGCUUCCUUUGAUAGCGGUGAGUUAGUGGGCCUCUAUGAGCUUCCAGGCAAAAGAUCUGCCAUAAAGGGCAGCACCAAGAUAGUUCAUACUGACAGUUUCAAAUGUUUAGACAAAGCAGCCCUGCAAUUGAAGGAAGACAGUGCUGAAUCGAGUCCUUGGCGGCUCUGCACCGUCACACAAGUAGAAGAAGUGAAGAUUCUUUUAAGGCUCCUUCCAAUUCCAGCUUGCACUAUAAUGCUCAGUGUAAUCUUGACAGAGUUCUUGACUCUAUCAGUACAGCAAGCAUUUACACUGAAUACCCACCUGGGUAAUCUUAAACUCCCUGUGACAUGCAUGCCUGUCUUUCCAGGACUCAGCAUAUUCAUUCUACUGUCCCUCUAUUACUUGAUAUUUGUCCCUCUAUCGCGGCGCAUUACAGGUCACCCCCAUGGGGCCUCUCAGCUUCAGAGGGUAGGCAUUGGGUUGGCAGUUUCAAUUCUUUCAGUGGCAUGGGCUGGCGUUUUUGAGAGGUACAGAAGGAAUUAUGCGAUACAACACGGGUACGAGGCUAGUUUUCUAACAGCCAUGCCAAACCUGAGUGCAUACUGGCUAUUAAUCCAGUAUAGCCUGAUUGGGGUAGCUGAAGUAUUUUGUAUUGUGGGAUUGCUAGAAUUCCUAUACGAGGAAGCCCCGGAUGCCAUGAGAAGCAUAGGUUCAGCUUAUGCGGCUGUAGCUGGGGGUUUAGGUUGCUUUGCAGCCACCAUAUUGAACAGCAUUGUCAAAUCUGUAACGGGUAGGAGUGAUGGAACGCAACCGUCAUGGCUGUCCCAGAAUAUUAAUAGUGGAAGGUUCGAUAACUUGUACUGGCUCCUUGCGGGUCUGAGUUUAAUUAACUUCUGUGCUUUCCUAUACUCAGCGCAUAGGUAUCAGUACAGGGAAAAACAGCAGGAAAAUAUUGAAAUUGAAAUUGUUGGGGAUAAAAAAUAAUGGACCUGCCUUUCCAUUUGUAGUAAGUUAAGCUAGGCUAGCAUUAUAUAUGUGAAACUUCAAACGAAUUGGGUUGACUUUGGAAUCACAGAUUCCAUCUCUCAAUAGAACUGAACUUGGCUUGAUAAGAUCUGUAUAUAAUUAUGUUUUUCAUUUUUGUACAAAUGCAGCAUAAAAAGCUUCUUCUUGGUCC